AUGGUGUUUGCCGGUGGCGAGUUCACAUGUCCAUCUUACAUUACAUGUACUGAUGGAGGUACCGCUUGUUGCCACCAAGAUGGUAACACUCUCUAUGUUGACGGGUGCUGUCCAUAUGCGAACGCUGUUUGCAUUUCACCGACAACUUGUCAAAGAGCGGCUGAGCUCGGCAGAAUGCUUCGUGGACAAAUGGAGGACAAAAUGAGUCAGCCAAUGACGAAACUCGUCGCAAUCAACCAAGCCAUCGCUCUCAACGAUGGCAUCAAGAAU